GUGUGUUUUACAAGCAGAUUAUUUUACUAUAUACAUACGUACGAAUAGGUAACCAUGUCACUUAAUAGUACUAUUGUGUGCAGGUAUGUGCCCCUUAUCCGCUUUACUCAUGCCAUUGCUAAAAGUGGGGUGGUGCCUCCCGUAGUGAAACUGUCCCCGGAAGUAUCAAAGGUCAUGCUUCCUACUGAAGCAAAACAACCCAUGGUAAAGACGAUCACUGAUAAAGCUUCACAGAUAACUCAGGUCAUCUACGACUCUUUCAAUGACCUUCCACAAUAUUUACAGCCAAAAUUAUUAUCUGAGGAUGAUAUCGAAAGGAUUAUGAUGGGAGGCGCUGAUCCUUAUACCCCGAAGCAUUUGAAAAAGAAGAAAUAAAUGAAAAAAAAAGAUAUAUUUAUGCACUCAAUUAUGGCUAUUCUUUCCUUUUGGGUUAAUUUUGAAAUCCUUGAACUAUUAUAGUAGUAGUGAUGAGAAGAGUACGUUUUUCACGAAGGAAAAUUGGCGGUAGAGGUCAUAGUAGUUCAAAUAUUUAGAAAGUAUGUGUAUUCAAGAUAACCGUUUAUUUCAUGUGAUUUGGUUAUCUAAAUAGUAUCUAUACCUGUGAUUGCAUUUUUUCCUCUGUAAAUUGCAAAUGUUUUAUGCGAGAAAUAUUUAACAUAGUAGUUUGUUAUUUGAAUACUUUUCUGUCUUAAACCGAAACAUAUGAUCGAAAAUCGAUAUGCAUGCAUAAAAUGUUUAUUUAA